AUGCGAUUCGCCGUUACCUCCAUCCUCCUUUCACUUGCUCUCGGUGCCACCGCACACCCAGGUGAAGAACACCACCAUGACGAUCAUGCUGCCCUCGCUAAACGAACCUUCCUCGAACACUCUGGACGAAGUUACUCCUCAUGUUCCAACAGCGCCCGAAAGCGUGAACUCCACUCUCAAGUAGCCUCUCGGAGAGCUCAAGAGAUCGAUGCUCUCCGAUCGGCUCUCAAAGCCAAGAAAUCAUCUAUUGCCAAACGACAAAUGUCAGGAGAAACUUCGCUCACCGACUAUGGAGAAACUCUCGUAAACACCUCUCACGCUUCCAACCUCACUACCAUCACUGCCAACAUCACCUCGGCUGAGCUCUUCGGUAACGGUACUGUCGGUAGUGACGCCUGUCUCCUACAACCCGAAGUCACCAUCGGUCCUUAUUGGGUAUCUGGUGAAUACGUUCGAGAGAACAUCACCGAGGAUCAAUCUGGUGUACCACUCUACCUCAGUACUCAAGUCGUCGACGUAGCCAAUUGCGAACCUGUUCCUCAACUUUAUUGGGAAAUCUGGCACUGUAAUGCUACAGGAGUAUACUCUGGUGUAGUAGCAAGUGGAAAUGGAGAUACAUCUGAUGAAGCCAAUCUCAACAAAACUUUCCUUCGAGGAUUACAAGAAACCGAUGAUCUUGGUGUAGCCACUUUCCAAACCAUCGUUCCUGGACAUUACACUGGUCGAGCCACUCACAUCCACGUCGUUGGACAUGCCAACGCCACACUCUAUUCAAACGGUACGAUCGGUACCGGUGCCAACGGUUCAGGUAACUCGUCAGCCAUUCACAUCGGUCAAUUAUUCUUUGAUCAAGAUCUCCUCUCUGAAGUUGCUACUGUCGAACCAUACGCCUCCAAUACCCAAACGGUGACUGAGAAUGAUGAAGAUUCGAUCUUGGCCGAAGAAGCUAUCGAAGGUGCCUCUGAUCCUUUCGUCGAAUACGUAUUACUUGGUGAUUCUAUCGAAGAUGGUGUUUACGCUUGGGUCACCGUCGGUGUUAACACCAACGAGACCGUCGCUACUUCCGCCGCUGCUUACCUGACCGCUGAAGGUGCUCUUGAGAACGAGUCUUCUUCUGUUGGAGGAGGCGGUGAAGGUGGACAGGGUGGUAACUCCACCUCCGGUGGUGAAGGCUCAGCUCCAUCAGGUUCCGUCCCUUCAGGAUCUCCUUCCUCGUAA